GCUGAACCUGUGACUGAUACAACACAGCCUGGCCGACUUUCAGCAGCAACCGUCCACUUCUUUGUCCUUUUUUUGUUCAAGAAGACAUUUAGACCCGUUUGGAGAGCUGAGUCCUCGAGUCCUUUUUGAUCCUGGAAAAUAUGAGCUGUAUUCCAGCCUCACACAGUAUGAGCACUAUUCUCAGUCAGGUGGAGUCUGAGGUGGAGGGGAGUUCCGAGGAGAGAAGAAGAGGCAGCAGAGCCUACCAGAUCUUUCCAGAAGCCAACAUGAACGAAGACUCUGAUCCCAGCACGUACCCUGAAGACUUUCUGUACAGGAGAGAGCGCCUCCCAUCCAUCGUGGUGGAGCCCACAGAGCACAACGAGCUGACGGGCAGGGAGCUGAGCUGGACUGUUCGAUGUGCACAGAGCAACAACACAGAGGAGGAGGAUGAGGAGGAGAGCAUCACAGGGGGCGCUGUGGAGGCAGAGCAGCUGGAGGAGGUGGAGGAAGACUCAGCUUCCAGAAAGUCCUCCAUCGGCCCGUCCCAGAGUCAACUUUCCCUCUCUCGACUGACCCCACCGACUUCACCCCCCCCCCCGGAGGCCGCCCCGCCCUGUCUAAGGAGCUGAGGCAGAAACCCCUGUUUGGACUGAUGUCACUGCAGUUCACCUGCACUGUGUGUAACCUCAAUGAUGUGAAACCUGAACCCCCUUGAGGAGUUUGAGAAGCUUACACAUGUAAAAUAUUUGUACUAAAUGAGAAGGAUAGGUAAUAUAAAGCUGAUUUCAGUGUACUGUUCUUUUCUGAGUGAUACCUCUAGUUAACCACUUUGCUGCUGCUGUAUGUGACACUUUGAGCUAAAGGUGUUUUUCCUGGUUGUGCGGUUCUCACCCUGCUGCUCGUGAGCGUUUUAUGUGAAUAUAUAAUUCUCUUGUAUCCUGUUCUUUGUGAUGCCUCCUUUGUCAACCAGAAUCCCACAGUAUGAGGACUAAUAAUGUAAUAGUAUUCUUCAAUCUCAGCAAGACAAAGAGCUCUUUGUAUGUGAAACUGUGGAACUUAAAAAAAAAAAACUAAUGAAAACUGUUUGUAUGAUUACAUUACAUUAUUAUUAUUGUAAAGAGGAUCAACCUUAGUGGCACCUCUGAUGUGCAACUUCCUUUAUGUACUGCAGGGUCAGUCUAAAUAACUGUUGUGUAACAAUAAAGU